AUGAGAACUAUUGAAGCAUGGAAAGCUCUUAAAGUUAAAAGUGUUCCAAAUCUUAUCAAUGCUGUUGUUACAAAAACAAAAGAGAGAAAGAAAACUAUUUUAAAUCUCCAAAAACUAAUUGAUUUCAUAAUAAAAAACGAUUUCCAAAUAACAAGAGAAGAUAUUACAUCAAUUUAUCCAGAAUAUAAUGAAUUUAUUGAAUUAAUAACUCCAUUCUUGAAUUUCAUAUUGAUGACACCAACAGAUCUCUUUAAAUAUUUAACAGAUAUAGAUAUUUCUAAGUUCACUACAUCAUUGUAUGAAUUUACCAAAGAAUUGAGGUACGGCUCUGUAUCUUGUGAUAUUUACGUGAAAAUGAAUAAUCGAUUUUAUUCUGAUUUCUACAAACCUCUUUUUAAGAAAUAUGGUGAAGGAAAACUAAAAAGACCAGUCAAAAACAUGAUUUUAUUUGUUUCUAUUUUGUUCGAUAUUAUUAUAAGUAUUUCUUUAGUUAUACUUAUUUUCUUCGCCGUGAUAUUCAUCAGAAUGCUUUCUAAUUAUUACAAGAAACUGAAAAUCAGAAGCAAAUACCAAAAUUUAGACAAUAUAGAAUAA